AUAAAACCAAAGUAGGCUUUGCACAUCCCUUCGAAAAAAAGACUCCCGACAUAUUUUAUUUCGAUUGCUCAAACGCCGCCGACGAGCAGAAAAACGCGCGCACAUCUACAAGGACAACAAUAGGAACUACAGUAUAGUACAUUUACUUUUUGACCAGUUGUAAGUUUGACCAAAUCAAAGCUGCGAAAAUGGAUGACUCACGCGAAGAAAGCCAGUUCAUUGUGGACGACGUGAGCAAGACGAUUAAGGAGGCCAUCGAGACGACCAUCGGUGGGAACGCCUACCAGCACGACAAGGUGAACAACUGGACCGGCCAGGUGGUGGAGAACUGUCUGACGGUCCUCACCAAGGAGCAGAAGCCCUAUAAGUACAUUGUGACCGCCAUGAUCAUGCAGAAGAACGGCGCAGGACUGCACACCGCCAGCUCCUGCUACUGGAACAACGACACCGACGGAUCCUGCACGGUGCGCUGGGAGAACAAGACCAUGUAUUGCAUUGUUUCGGUCUUCGGACUGGCCGUCUAGAGUGGAGGAAUUGCAGGACUGGUGGCAGGACUGGAAGGGUUCGCGAGGAGGACGACCCGGGUCUGGACGUCGAUAAUAGCAACUAACUUAUAAGGGGGAGGGAUUAACAAGAUUGCCGUCGUACACACACACACUCACACUAAACUACACAAUAGGCACACACUUUGAUUGGCCAUCCUGCAGCAAGGACAAAAUUAGUUAUGAAGCACUUGAAAACAAUGUUGCUUUAAUUACCAAGCAACUAUUCGUUGCCAGUGUGCGCGCCUGAUGUUAUUCUCGAUUUUCAAUCUAAAAACGUAAAUAAAAAAUGUAUAAACAUGUAA